UUCGACGCAGAAUCAUGACGUUACCUCGAGCUAGUGUUCAGCAACUUUAUCAGCUUGUUGUUAUAUUUUUUCCAUUUAAAAUGAAACCUCUUCUAUAGACUUACUGCUGCACAGCGGGUCCACUUAAUACUACCAAUGUGAAGUUCUUCAGCACCCCUUCACUAAAGUGGCCCCUGCGGUCAUGCCUUCGAUCAUGGCUCAGAUCAGUGAUCCCAAGAUCGCGUUUGCCUACUUGCGCCCGGCCUGUGUCCUCCUCACCCGAGCGCCCACUGUGACCAACGUGGAGACGCUGAGCGGCCAGUUAAAAGAAGUCGAUGAUGCCACAUUGCAGCAGCUCCAGGAGUACGUCCUCUUCCCUCUUCGCUUCGUCCUCAAAGUCCCCGGGCCCAAGAAUGAAAAACUGGUGCAGACUGUAGCUGAGGCCAUGAGCCACGUCCUCGAGGACACUUGUGUCCAGAGCUGGGAGACCCUCCGCGACCUCCUCUCGGAGCUUUGCCUCUGCCUGUGCUCGCCGACCAAUCCUGGGAAACCUGCAGACACGUCAGAGGAGCUGAAAUCGGCUGUGUUGAGGUGCCUGCACGCCCUUCUUCAUGCUGCUUACGGUGAUAUAGUCUUCAAACUCUUUGAACCGGUUAUGCUGCCCGGGCUGGGAGCUGCCAUAUCAUUGCUGCUGGCCUUAGCAGAGAAGGAGAAAUCUCGAGAUGUACAGGCAGCAGCGUUGAAGUGCCUCCAGGCGCUGACUCUGCAGUGUGACUGCACUCAGGAGCAUGUGGUCCCAUCCUCAGAGGAGAGAUGCACGAUAGGCGGCACCAUGGCUUCAUUCCUACCUGGCAUCACUGUGGCUGUAGCCAGGAUCAUUACAGGAGAUCUGAGACAAGGCCAUGCAGUCAUAAUCAUGGCCAUCAAGGUUUGGUCCAGGACUGUGGGGCUUGUCAUGGAAGACGCCCAGAUUCAGGCCGGUGAGCCCAGCAAGACUCCCUCAGCAGACCUGGGGAGGAUCACACAGCUGAUGGUCCACCGGACACCAGCGUGGGUGAAGAGCACGGCGGGGAAACUGUCCGUGCUCCUGAGGAAGAUAAUCUCCUGCACCUCGUCUCACCAGCACUGGAGGGUCCGACUAGAGAUGAUGGAGCUGGAUGACCACCUGCUGGCCAGGUGUAGCCAGUCACUGGGAGAGUGUGUGGGACCGCUACUGGAAGCGCUGGUGGGAGCAGUCAAUGACGAGGAGCCCAGAGUCAGAAAGAGGUGUGAAGUUGUUCUCAGCGAGGUAUCACAGAGGACUCAGAGCCGUAGCAGCAGCGACAGUGAUAUUACCAGUAAAAGCAGCAGCAGCAGCAGCAGUGCGCAGACCUUCACUGAUGUGCUUUCAGAGAAUCUCCACUCUUUGGCCACCUCCCUGCCCAGACUGAUGAGGACCUCCGACGACCAGAAGAAGCUGUUUGUCCUCAACGUGUUCCUGGGUUAUCUGAAAGUCCUGGGACCGCUGGUCUCCGUGGUGCUAAACUCGUCCGCGCACCUCGAGAGGAUUUCUAAAGCCUUGAUGCAGGUGCUGGAGCUGGAUGUGAUGGACGUCCGCAUUGUGGAGGAACGGAGUCACGCUGCUACCAUAGAGACGAGCCCGGGCUCUCCGGAUCCCUACACUGCUCACACACAGAGGAAGCAUUUUCUCUACUUCACAGAUGAGAAGAUCUUCUCUGCGCUCAUGGAGAUCUGUCGAACAUUAGGCUACUACGGCAACAUUUACCUGCUGACCGAUCACUUCCUGGACCUGUACCAACAGUCCUCCGCGUACAGAAAGCAGGCUGCCACGGUGCUGAAUGAGGUCGUCAGGGGCGCAGCAGGCAUCGCCGUGGCAACAGAGGGUCACGGUCUGGAGAGUGAAGUUCGGGGACACUCUGCCAGCCAGGAGGACCUUACAGUGGCAGUGAUGUCCGUCAUGGAGGAGUACACCAGCCUGCACAACUGGCACUUGAUUACCGUCAGUGAGGAGACGGAGAGAGACCGACAGGACCAGCAGCUACUCAGCCCAGCAGGACUCCUCUCCAUAUCCAACAAUAAUGUCAGCAACACCAAAGCAAACUCUCUCCAAGUGAUCCCCUCCUCGUUUGGCACCCCUUCUCCCUCGCCGUCGACCUCCGCAAUCCACCAGCUCAACAGCAACAUCUGGCAGCUGUGCAUCCAGCUCGAGGGCAUCGCCUGCUUUGCUCAGGCACUGGGACGGGACUUCAGGCCUAUUUUGAUGACAUCACUGUAUCCCGUACUGGAGAAAGCCGGGGAGGAGACGCUGCUGGUCAGCCAGGCGGCGCUGGGCUCCAUGUGGGACAUCAGUAAGGCCUGUGGCUACCGCUCCCUGAAGGAGCUGAUCAACGAGAACUCCGACUACCUGCUCAAUGACAUAUCUCUGAACCUGCAGAGGCUCAGCCAGCACCCACAGGCUCCGCGGGUGUUGACGGUGAUGUUGACUCACUCCGACUGCAGCCUGCUGCCUCUGGUCGGGGACAUCGUUCAGGAUGUGCUGACGGCUCUGGACCUCAGCUACGACCACAAGGCUGCACUCUUCUGCUCCGUGCUGCACGCGCUCAUGAAGGCACUGGCGAGGUGGUUCCCCUCCAGUUGUGGUAGGACCAGUGAGUCUGCCAGACCCAAACACACCUCCCCUCCCAAGGAAGUCCUCGACAUCCGCCACUUCCUGCUGGAUCUCCGCAAACAGAAAGAGCUGGCAGAGGGCAUUGGGAUAGAGGAGGAUGACACCGAAGACCUUGAAGACCCACCUCCCACAGACUGUGAGGAUGUCGAAGAUAUUGGUGGUCCUGAUGUGAAAGCCGAGCUUCCCGCCCACCUCUGCAUCACUAAAGAUGUCAUGGAGCGCUGCAUUCACCUGCUGUCCGACCCUAGUCUCAGGCUCCGACUCAAGGUGUUGGACGUGCUGGAGCUGUGCGUGUGUGUGCUGAGUGAGAGGGAGAACGAGUUGCUGCCGAUGGCCCAUCGCUGCUGGCCCGCCCUCCUACAGAGACUCACAGCCGAUGACCCUUUAGCAGUCCUCCGAGCCUUCAGGGUGCUGUGCACGCUGGGUGAAACAUGCGGCGACUUCCUGCGGAGGAGGGUGUCCAAAGAAGUUCUGCCCAAGCUGAGCUCCUCGCUGGUGCGGCAGGCUCCAGUCAGCGCCAAGGCCGGACCCGUCUACACGCACACCCUGGCCUACAAGCUGCAGCUGGCUGUGCUGCAGGGGCUGGGCUCACUGUGCCAGAGGCUGGAUCUGGGCGAUGCCGACCUGGAUGCCGUCUGUGAGGCCUGCCUGCCCUACCUGAGCUGUAGACAACCAAUCAGACUGCAGGAGGCCGGCCGAAGCGUUUUCCAACAUCUGAUCCAGGUGGAUCCGGAUGCCUUCUGGUUUACCCUAAACGAGCUGCACUGCCCCUCCUCCUACAUCCCGCCCCACCCGGACCUCCAGCCUGUGCAUCUGAGCGGAAUGGGUCGACCGAGGGACGAGUACUCCGACAACGUGCUGAAACUGCUGAGGGAGGAGUUUGGCUCGGUUGCCGAGACAGCCAGUUAACGAGCUAGCGAUUGAUGCGAUCGAAUCAUGCCUCACGCCGACGGCCUGUUGAACCGCUAGCUCAAACAAGUCAGUUCACUGAAAGAAAAAUCUGACAAUUGUGCCAAAAGACAGCCAUCGAGACAGCACUGCGAUAACCUUCAUGCUCUGCAUGGCUCUGAUAAGCAGCGAGCUGCGAAAGGAAAAUAUCAAUGGAGCAUAUCUGCUGCAGUUGCCUCUCCUGCUGCAGGUGCAGAAAGCAGGAACACGUGCGACAGCUCUUCUACAUUAGGAGACAUGCAGGCACAGUGCAGAUGUUUUUCAUUCCAUGUGAAUAUAUAGACAUAUACGUAUGCAAAUGUUAUGCUGUUCUGGGACUUUUAUACUGAUUAACUUGGCUGUUGGUGACCCAGAUAGAACGCUUUGUUGUGACCCUGAAACACUCUUAAUUAAAGUGAUCAUCAAAUACUCAAACUAUUUAAAGUACUUUGUCAUGUUGCUGUCAAACGUUAAGCAUGUUAUCGGUGUCAACUAAAACGUGUCCUUAGCACCAAGUACGGAAAAGCUCAAAUGUCUGGCCAGAUUCAUGAUCUUUUUACUUUAAAGUCCUUAACGGGGAACUCCACCGAUUUUACACAUCAAAGGCUGCUGACAGGUCUUGGAGACGACUCCUGAAUAUGUGAAGAAAGCUGUAUAAAGCCUUUUGUGGCUCCAGAGGGAGCUCUGUGAAGUCUGAUGCCUACAGGCGAUGUCACUUGAGUCGGCAUCGGUUGGGGUUGAAGACUACAAAGGAAGAAGUUCGGGGGGGUGUGGAGUUAAAAAGAAGUGAGUUUACCAGACCUCUGCAGCCCGCGCCUCAUCUCUGCCUGCGUUUAGCCGCUCAAGGCUACGUUAGCCGCUACGGGCAUGACACAACUGAAUCUCAGACGAGACUGUCAGCAGUUGUGUUGCAUUGGAGGCAGUGUUCCAAACACGUGGCUCUUGGUCUUGGAGGAUCUCCACCGAUGUUACACAGCUGAUUCACCGUUUUCUCCUCUACCUCUUUCCUGUCAAUACGGAGCACUGUGCACAUGGUUUCGGUUUAUAGAUUGUAUAGAAGUCAAUGGGAAAUGACUCUACUUCUCACUUGAUGUAUUACCUCAGUAAACAUGAGUUUAUGGUCUCAAUCACAGCAGGAUGUUCAUUUAGUAAAUGAUGGUCCAUUUAGAGUAAGUAUUACAAUAAAGCAGGGAACGCUUCAGGGCGGGGCUACCUUGUGUUUGACAGGCCGUGAUUGUGAGUUGUCCGUUUUUUCGUCUUGCAACUUUAACUCUUUCACGGCGAGUUUUCAGUUCAUGAAAGUUAAUUGUAACAUUUUGGUCACCUA